GUCAUGCUGUGUUCAGUCGCAUCAUUGUAAAGUUAACUGUAUAAUUUUGUACGCAGUGGUCAGUGUCAGCGUUUGUCUUUUGCCAAGUUGAAAACGUCACAUUGAUCGGUUGUCUCCGGCAAUACAGUCAGAGUAGCCCAGCCGUUAAUCCUGGUUUAAGUUAGCCUGACCGCUAACCAACAGCUAACGUUAGCACGGGGAGGAGGAGCUGGUCAGUCAACUGUUGGAACAGUGUCUGAAAUAACUCUUUGUCGACUGUAAACUAACAUAUAAAUAGUUCUGGCACAGACAAGAAUAUACAUAUGUCAGUACUCUCUCUGCUGUCCAAACACCAUGCUUCCCCAGGCGAGUAAAGAGUUUCUGGUUCGGAUACGGUUCUUCUGGCGCCCGUUUUUCCAGGGCCGGUACCUGCUGCUCACUAAUACCCUGAGUGGAGGAGGCAUGCUAGCGCUUGGAGACUUCCUGCAGCAGAGCCGGGAGACCCGCAGAGAGCCGGCUAGAGUCCGAGACUGGACGAGGACAGGUCACAUGUUUAUGGUGGGCUGCUCCAUGGGUCCUCUGCUGCACUACUGGUAUUCCUGGCUGGACAGGGUCUACGUGGGUAAAGCUAUACACACGGUCGGCAAGAAGGUUCUGGUGGACCAGCUUAUCGCCUCACCAUCAAUUGGAUUGUGGUAUUUUUUAGGUAUGGGUCUCAUGGAGGGACACACUUUAUCUGAAGGAUGGGAGGAGUUUAAAGACAAGUUCUGGGAAUUUUAUAAGGCGGACUGGUGUGUUUGGCCUGCUGCUCAGAUGAUCAACUUCUACUUCCUUUCACCCAAAUUCCGCGUCCUGUACAUCAACUUCAUCACUUUAGGGUGGGACACCUACCUCUCCUACCUCAAACACAGAGAUGACAGCCAGCAUCCUGACCUGGUGUCAGACAGCAGUGCUGUGGAUGUGCAGCAGAAAGCAUCCAAACCUCUGGAGGAGAAAACUUAAGAGAUGGAUUUCAUGAUCAGCUGUAAGGUCAUUCAUCGGAAGCAAAAGAGCAUUUUGCUGUUUUUAUCUUUUAAAACUUAUUUUUCCUCCUUUGCAAAAAGCUGUGAGACCAUUGUGUGCAUCACAGUUCUGAUGGUAUUUUUCUUCAAACAAAGUACUCCUCUCUCAAGUUUAACUGGACCAUGUGUUUCUCCGGACUCAGAGAAGCUGUGGAUGCUGAAGUGCUGGAACACAUUUCCUUUAUGUCAGUAGAGUUUUCAUGUAUCCCUGUCGAGUUUGUGUGUUUAUGUCAGAGUGAUGUGCACUCCUGUAGGAGCGUUCAGGGAUGAAAAGCUGUUUCACUGCCCUAAACUACUGUACUUGAAUCCUAUUUCCAGUUGAUGAGAGUGGUUGUGGUGGGAAGCUCAUAACAACAACAGACAAUUAAUUUAGAAAACUUAACUUAAAAAAUAUCAUAUUUGUUGUGUUGUUGCACAUGAAGCUUCAAACUGCCCAAAAUGUAAUGGCAUGUAGUGGCAUUCCUUUUAUCUCUGUGCUGUUUUAUGUUUCUGGUUUGACAUGGAAGAAUAAUUUAUGAUGUGAAACAGCUUUCUUAAGCUGCUGCGUUUUUAAUGCCAGCCUAUAUUAACCUAUGAAAAUCUUGCCUUAAUAUGUAAUCCAGUAAUAUGUGCCAAAUAAUCUCUACCCGGUCCUCAGUUUAUCACUUCGAGGUUCCUAUAAAAUGAUGCAUGAUUGUGGAUCUAUGAAGUUAUUAUUGUUAAAUAUAAGAGCUUCUAUAUUUUAUAUCACUCAGAAUCCUCAACUGUAUGUGUAAACUUGAAUCCUGAUUGACUGAAGAUGUAAAAUUAAUUUAUUUUCAGACUGUGCAGUAGUUUUACACUAGUGGCCGUAAAUUUAAAAUGAUAUUCUGUUUUCUAUAUCUCUCGCAGCUAAUUUAUAAAUGAGGUACUAGUAGUUUUGACAGGUCAGAUGAUCAAUCAGGUUAUGUGAUGGCAGAACAACUGCAUAAAUUGUGUCAACAUUAAAGUGGAAAUCUGUGAUACACUUUAUAUACACUUGUCAGUCACUUUAUUAGGAACACCAUGACACUACUGGGCAGUGCCACCAUUUGCUCUCAGAACAGCCUCAGUUGUUCAUGGCGUGGAUUCCACAGGAUGUUGGAAACUUUCCUUUUAGAUUCUGGUUCAUGUUGGUGCAACUGCAUCACAUCAUUUCUUCAGAUUUGUCAGCUGCGCAUUCAUGCUGCUAAUCUCCCUGGACUGUUGGUACAGGGCAGGUUGGGUUCAUGGAUUCAUGCUGUUGAUGUCAAAUUCUGACCCUACCAUCUGUGUGCCUCAGCAGAAAUCCAGAUUUAUCAGGCCAGGGUCCAUUUUUCCAGUCUUCAGCCGUCCAGUUUUGGUGAACCUGUGGAGUGGAGUGUAUGAUUUCAUGCGUUUUACUGCUGCCACAUGAUUGGCUGAUUGGAUAACUGCAUGAAAACGCAGGUGUUCCUAAUGAAGCGCUUGUGAGUGUGUAUAUAAUUUUGUUAACAUCAUCUUUGGUGCUGCUACUGUGUUCAUAAAACAGAUUUACUGUAAAUUUGAUCUGUCAAUACGGCCACUAAAAUGUGUCAUGAUCUCAUUAAUUUGUGUGCGCUUUUUGGCUCUGCCCACACAUCUCUUAUGAUUGUAUGAAUAUUAUGCUGUUGUUUAAACUUUUCAUUAUUUUUG